AGCGUGCCGGGAGAAAGGGAAUUCAGGCCGGCAAGAGCCGAAGUGGGCAUUCUGGGCUAAGCGCGACUAGACGAAGCGAGGCCGACGACAGGCUCAAACUUUUCCUAAGAUACUUAAAUCUGGGAAGAUGAAUGCUGUAUUGCUGGGUAGCCAAAACAUGUCAUCCACAGAAAUCCUCCUUGCCUUUGCUCUUUCCUGUCUGCUCCUGGUUGUCCUCAAAUCCUUCUGGCAGCAGAUCCCACAGGGGCUAAAGAGACUCCCAGGACCAAGGAACUACCCGCUCAUCGGCAACAUCCUAGAGCUGGGGAAGAACCCCCAUCUGGCGUUGACUCGGAUGAGCCAAAAAUAUGGAGAUGUGAUGCAAAUCCAUCUCGGCACAAGACCGGUGCUGGUGCUGAGCGGGCUGGAAACCAUCAAGCAAGCCUUGACGAAGCAAGGAGAUGACUUCUUGGGGCGCCCCGAUCUCUACAGCUUCCGGUGCAUUGGAGAUGGCCAGACUCUGACCUUUGGUAGGGAUUCUGGGGAAGUAUGGCGUGCCCGCAGAAAGCUGACCCAGAAUGCCCUGAAGACCUUCUCGGUUUCAGUCAGGCCAACAUCAUCCACUUGCCUGUUGGAAGAGCAUGUGUCCAAAGAAGCAGACUAUUUGGUAAUGAAGUUCCAGGAGCUGAUGAAGGAGAAGAAGAGCUUUGACCCUUACCGGUAUCUGGUGGUCUCUGUGGCCAAUGUCAUCUGUGCCAUGUGUUUCGGUAAACGCUACAGCCAUGAAGACCAGGAGCUGCUCAGUAUAGUGAACCUGAACAAGGAGUUUGGAGAGGCGGCCGCUUCUGGGAACCCUGCUGACUUCAUUCCUGUCCUCCAGUAUCUUCCCAGCUGCACCAUGAAGGCCUUCAAGGAUCUAAACCGGAGGUUCACUACAUUUGUGCAGAAGAUUGUUAAGGAUCAUUAUGUGAGCUUUGACAAGGACAACAUCCGAGACAUUACCGACUCCCUGAUUGACCACUUCCAGGAUGAAAAGCUGGACGAGAAUGCAAACGUCCAGCAAUCGGAUCAGAAGAUUGUCAAUAUUGUUGGAGAUCUUUUCGGAGCUGGUUUUGACACCGUCACCACUGCUUUGUCUUGGUCCCUCAUGUAUCUGGUGACUUACCCAGAAAUCCAGAAGAAAAUUCAGGAAGAAAUAGACCAAACAAUUGGCAGAGAACGGAAGCCCACAUUGUCAGAUCGUUCCAUGUUGCCAUACACAGAAGCUUUUAUCCUGGAAAUGUUCAGGCAUUCCACCUUCCUGCCCUUCACAAUCCCUCACUGCACAACCAGGGACACCUCACUGAGCGGCUACUACAUCCCUAAGGAUCUCUGCGUUUUUGUCAACCAGUGGCAAGUCAACCAUGAUCCGCAGCUUUGGCAAGAUCCUUCUACUUUUAAGCCAGAACGGUUUCUUACCGUUGAUGGGACUGGAGUAAACAGAGUUGAGAGUGAAAAGGUUCUGACAUUCGGCUUGGGCAAAAGGAGGUGCAUUGGAGAGAAUAUUGGCAAGGGCGAAGUCUUUCUUUUCUUGACCAUCCUUGUCCAGAAGCUGGAAUUGAGUGUGUGUCAUGGAGAGUCGGUGGACAUAACUCCCCAGUAUGGACUCACAAUGAAACACAAGAAGUGUGAACAUUUCCAGAUCAAACAGCGUUUCUAACUGGAGAUAGAUGGAGCGAGCAAAGACUAGGAGCACACCAGACUUACACUUUUGCUACACCAGAACAUUGUAAUUAGCUCACUGCAUGCAAGUAUGUCUCUCUCUCUCUCUCUCUAUAUAUAUAUAUAUAUCUGUGUGUGUACAUAUAUAUGCCCUAAUUCUCUGAAUGUGGAUACCUUUAUAGCAAAAUGGGACUAUCUGUGCACAGGAGGGGAGAAAUGGGUAAGCUUGGGGAGAACAUGAGGUUUGUAGAAUUUUUUUUUUUUAGGAAAGUGCCUAAGGCAUGGUUGGGAAACCUUUGGCCCCCCAGGUGAUGCUGAACUACAACUCCCAGCAAGCAUGGCCAGUGGCCAGGGGAGAGCCAAAGGUUCUACGCACAUACCCUAAGGGAUCCACAAAUAACCAAAUGAGAACUGAGCAGGCUUAGUAAUCACUUAAAAUUGACAGUAUAUUGAUAAACUAGGAGGGCAAAAUGGAAUGGAAGCAUCCUUAAAAGCAACCACUGCAGGCUGGCUGGCAUAUCAGAAAGGAGCCCUCUACACUGCAACAUUUUGUUGCAGGUCUCACUUGUAUUUGCUAAAUGCAAGCUAUGCUUCAUAAAGCAUGUUCAUAUUUUUAAUAAUCAUGAAAACAGAAGUUGGGAAGCUACAUAGUAAAGGAGUUUCAAAUGACUAAAAUGCCAGUCUUCCAGACGUAAGAGACGGAUAGGGAACCAACUCCAAGAACAUCUAGAGGGUGUCUCCUCUUUUAAAUCCCUCCUCUGGAACCACUGUUACUGUGAAGACUGUGGUCUAACCUCAUUAACUUCUCUUUAGUUUGGGUAUGAGGAAUAAUUAAGGUCUCUGCAAACCACUAGGCAGGGACUAGGGACUACCUGUAAAGUGUGACGUAUAGCAAUGAUGAUGUAUAAAUAAAAAUGGCUUUCUGUUAGA